GGGCGCAUUAUUCGCGGGCGCGCACCGCGCCGGGUCUUCCUGACUGGAUGGCUCACUCUAUGGCGACCCUCCUCGCAGCCUCUAUAAGAAGCCGGCCCUGGCGAGGGGAUCGCAGACAUGCUGCAAGGAGCCCACAGCUAGCAGGACGCACGGCGCUUCUCCCCUUCUAGCGUCUUAAUUUCUCUUCUGGGAGUCAUCAGCCGGCGGGAUUGCCAGCAAGUGAGGCCCAAGGGGACUUUUUCCUCCUGUAGCUUCUCCCUUUUUUUUCUCUCUCUCUCUCCCUUUUCCCCUUUCCCUCCCCUAAAAACUUCAACUUGGGCUCUCACAUCUUCUUGACGAGCGACGGCCACUUCCCGGGCGCACGGUGCGCGCCUCGCCAGCGGAGCGCUUUGGAGACCGCAUCGCCAUCCCACCUCUCCACCCACCCAUCUAUCAUUCGCCGCUUCCAACCCCUCCACCCCCCUCUCCUGCGGUUCCGCCGAGCAGGCAGGCGAAGCGAUGAGCCCCGUGGCAUUAAUGCUAGGCUUGAAGACCUUGUGGGUUUUGGCUUUUUCCUCUCUUUCCAACACUCUAGCGGUGAAUAACAGCGGCCGAUGGUGGGGAAUCAUCAACGUGGCCUCGUCUACCAACCUACUGACCGACUCCAAGAACGUGCAGCUGGUGCUAGACCCUUCUUUGCAGCUCCUGAGCCGCAAGCAACGCAAGCUUAUCCGCCAAAACCCAGGCAUCCUGCAUAGCAUCAGCAGCGGCCUGCAGAGCGCCAUCAAGGAGUGCAAGUGGCAAUUCCGCAACCGCCGCUGGAACUGCCCUACUACCCCAGGCCCCAAUGUGUUCGGCAAGAUUGUCAACAGAGGUUGCAGAGAGACUGCCUUCAUUUUUGCUAUUACCAGCGCUGGGGUCACCCACUCCGUGGCCCGUUCUUGCUCGGAAGGCUCCAUCGAAUCUUGCACUUGUGACUACCGACGGCGGGGCCCAGGAGGUCCCGACUGGCACUGGGGUGGCUGCAGUGACAAUGUGGACUUUGGACGGGUCUUUGGGCGAGAGUUUGUGGACUCCAACGAGAAGGGGAGAGACCUGCGCUUCUUGAUGAAUUUACACAACAACGAGGCAGGACGUCUGACCGUUUUCACAGAAAUGCGCCAGGAAUGCAAAUGCCACGGGAUGUCAGGCUCUUGCACCGUGAAGACCUGCUGGAUGCGUCUGCCCACUUUUCGGACCGUGGGGGACUUCCUCAAGGAUCGCUUUGACGGCGCUUCCCGGGUCAUCUACGGCAACAAAGGCAGCAACCGAGCUUCCCGCAUGGAGCUGCACCAUCUGGAGCCAGAGAAUCCAGCUCACAAGCCUCCUUCUCCUCACGACCUGGUCUAUUUUGAGAAGUCUCCCAAUUUCUGCACUUACAGCGGUAAGACAGGCACAGCAGGCACGGCUGGACGGUUUUGCAACAGCACCUCCCCAGCUCUGGACGGCUGUGAGUUGCUGUGCUGUGGGAGGGGCUACCGCACCCGGACACAGCGCGUCACUGAGAGAUGCAACUGCACCUUCCACUGGUGCUGUCACGUCAGCUGCUUGAACUGCACCAACAUGCAAGUGCUGCACGAGUGCUUGUGAGGGAAGCAAAGGACAUGCUUGGCCAACGAGUCAACAAGAAGCACCCAGCUCGGAGAAAAAGAAGACCUCACUGAAAAGGCCCAGGCACUCGCCACACACACACACACACACACUCAUCUCCCUAUUUCCCCACAGGAGCACAGUACCCUUUUUUGGCCCAGAUAGCAGACAUCUUUAUGGUUACAAACGUCUCACCUCUCCCGUCUUGGGAGAAUCAACCCAGGUUGAAAUGGCUGCAGACAUCCAUGAGAAAUCAACACCCGGUCAUGCUUAUGUUUGCCAGGGCCGAGUGUGCAAGGAGCUCCUUUUGUGUUUUUUUGCAUGCUAAUUGAGAUUUGUCGUCGUAGAGCUUAAUUUAAACUAGAUCUGAAAACGUCAACCCUGAGGGAUUGCAGUUAUCCCAGGUUAUUAGGUGUAAUUUUGAUUGGUUGAAAUCUUUAGUUCCUUUCUUUGUUUCUGGACCUCCUGAAUGACUGGAAUGGAAGGUGGGGGGGGGGGGGGGGGGGGCCCCUUGGAUUUCAGGCAGAAUGGCUUUCCCUCAUCCGAGACACAUGCUCAGGUCACAAGAAGUGUCUUCCCUGUGGUGUUUGACACCUUUCAUUUUACAGACCUCACACAAGCUUCUCUGAACUGACUUUCAGGGGUGUAAGCCCUGUGUAUGAUAAUUAGAUUAUUUCCCUUCCCUCCCCCCCCCAACUACUUUUAAUGUGGCUCCAAGAGAAAUGCAACUCAAAGCAUAUCAUUAGAGCAUCUGUGGUCUCUGAAUACAUGAGGAAGCACAAUUGAGCUGAAGGUUCUCCAGUGACUGAUCCCAUAGUAAUGAAUGUCUGCUGAUGUAGACCAUCUUUCAUUGGUCUAAUGGGACGUUUAUAGCAAAUUAUCUUGGAUAAUUAUUUUCCACGGUAUUAGUACAGGUAAUCCUCGACGUACAACAGUUCAUUUAAUGACUGUUCAAAGUUGCCACGGCACUGAAAAAAAAAAUGGACAGGAUCAUUUUUCACACUUAUGACCAUUGCAGCAUUCCCAUGGUCACAUGAUCAAAAUUCGGACGCUUGGCAGAACUGGCUCAUAUUUCUGACCGUGAUAUCCCGCAAUCGUGUGAAUUCCCUUUUGUGACCUUCUUACAAGCCAAAUCAAUGGGGAAGCCCGAUUCUCUUAACAACUGUGUUACUAACAGCUGCACCGAUGCAGUUAACGACUGCGGCAAGAAAGGUCGUAAAACGGGGCAAAAUUCGCCUGACAAAUGUUUCACUUAGCGAGAAAAAUUUUGGGCUCAAUUGUGGUCAUAAGUCGAGGACUACUUGUACUAGAGACCCUUUGGCUCAUUUCCCAACAUAGGUGCCAUCUAGAUGUGUGGACCGACCACUGUCAGCAAAAGCAUUGCAGUUAAUUCUGCUUAUUUGGUCCACAUGUCAGAAGACUAGCCAAGCUGGGGAAGAUUGUCCUAGAACCGUGAUGGCGAACCUACGGCAUGCGUGCCAGAGGUGGCACGCAGAGCCCUCUCUGCUGGCACGUGCGCCAUCAUUCCAGGUCAGAUCUUGGCGUUUCAUUCGUGAGCUUCUCUUUCCCUGCAAACGACAGAAGCUCCCGAAAGAAAAAGAUCUUACCUCUUGUCAUGCUGCCGGUGUUGGGAUACCCCGCCUCCUACUGGCCAGCUGGUCUUUGAGUCUAUGCUACGCAUGCGCGCAUGUCCACGCCUGCGCAUGUUUGUGCAUGUCUGUGCACGACUCGUGCGCACAUUUCAGUUCGGGCAUGCCCGCACGCACAGUUUGGGCACUUGGUGUCUAAAAGGUUCGCCAUCAUUGUCUUAGAAUCUGGCCUUGGGUGCUGCAUCUGUUAUCUAGGAAAGUGGCAGUAGAGAGUUUUGAUCUCUCAAAGGUCCAAGGGAAACAGGCAACUCCCCUUUAAUUACACGUUGCUCCUUGUGCUUACAACUAUUCUCAAACACAAUUUUUGUGCUGCUGUGUGGAGGUGGGGAACAUGCAUGCAAGGAUGUGUAUGACUUCUGACUUUCGAACCUUUUUGUUAAGAAAAUAUGCUUCUAAAAAAUACUGAUGUUUUUUCGACAGUUCUAAACAUUUCCCCACUCCUUUCAUUUUGCUCUCUCAUCCACUCACUCAGAGAAACCCCCCCGGAAAUAAUAUGCACUGAAGAAGUGACUGGGAUUGCUAAUAAUUUUGCAGAUGUGUGUAAAUAAAAUAUUUAUUAUUGCUUGUUUCAUAUUCCUUUAGGCCUGAAGCAAGGUUCUUGCUCCUAGACUUAUGGUUUCUGAAUCUUUUCGCGACAUUUUAGAGAAGAAUAAAGUAUAUAUUUUUAUCAAUUUAA